AUGAUUUUAAAGAAGGCGCUCGCUGUUUUGUGCCUUGUGACGACAGUGUGGUCUGGAGAGAUGAGUUUCUAUAGGAAAUAUGGGUCGAUUUCGGAAUCGGUUGAUACAGCAUUUAUCUUCACUGAGAUGGUUAAUUCAAAGAUCGAUUGUGAAGCGUACGAGAUCACAGACGACACCAACUGGAAAUUGAUCUGGAAAUUGGAAGGUGUUGAGGUUGGAGGGCCUCAAUCAUAUAACUCCGGGUCGCAAACGCUUACCAGCACUUACCUGGUUAAACCUGAGGAUGGUGGCAAAAACUUGGAUUGUAUCUUGAAUGUCGUAAUUGACGGAACAACUGUGCAAACUCAUAAACACAAUCUUAAAGUGGCGAAAAUUGAAUUGAAAUUCGAUUUCGGAGAUUCUUCAAAGGUUUAUGCUCCCGUGAACGAAGAGAUCGAAAUUAAAUGUGUCGUGUCUGGUUACUCUUUUAACAACUUUGUGGGGUUUGAAGACGUUAUCCCUUUUAUAAGAGAAUUGACCGGAAAUACAAUUGUAAAAAGCGGCUAUGAGGUAAAUGCGGGUGAUGGUACCAGAUAUGUCAGCUACAAGGUUACAAAAGGCUCGGCGGAUGAUAUCAAAUACCGGUGCGAACUGGACGAUUUCGGAGGCAAUGGAGAUGAUGACGGGCCAGAUGUGACACUGGAUGUUAAAUAUAUGGCGUUAGAUACGGAUUUAGAAAAGUUGUACUAUGUUGCCGAGAACGGAGUUGUUGAUUUAACAGGCGAGAUAGAAGAAUUUGAUUGGGCUGAUGCUGGUUACCCGAAAUCAAAAUGGUACUCAGCUGGUCGCGGGGGAUCACAGAUUCCCGGCAAGAUAGCCAGUUAUCCCGGCGCGACAGCUUCUGAUUCUCCAAUCUAUUUUGAGUUCGAAUACCGAGGGUCAUUGAACACAGAUGGAUUAUCAUUUUACCCUGAUUUUUCAUUGAGGUCCAAGGAAGCCAAUAUCAUAGAGCUGAAGAUAGCUGCGGAAACUAACAUUGUGGCGGGUGAUACGAUGACGGUAACCUGUACAAUUGUAGCACAAGCUACCGCAUUUUCCAUCAGUCUUAUGAGGGAUAAUGUUGUACUCCAAAGCACCGAUCCUGUUGGCGGUGGAUACGAAUCGAAGUUCUCCAGCGGUUACCAGCAAUUGACAGACGGGGUAACUUUACAGUACAAAUUUGAAAUCUCGGAUAUGACGAAAGGCACAGACGAUCAAAACAGUUAUAAGUGUGACAUAGCUGGAAAGACAUCCUCCAAUGCUUUAAAACCUGUAAUAUUUGAGAUGCAAUCAAGUGGAAAUAACGUAUGGCUGCUGAAUGCGGGAGAGAGUUCUCCAUUAACUUGUUUUAUCGAGGGGUCCGAUUCUUUCGAUAUAAAAUGGAUGGAUGAUAGCAUGGAUUUAGAAGAUGGAGUUUCAUUUAAUAUAGAAAAAAAGAACGGAGGUGGUAAAUCCAUGAGCAUCCUUACGAAAAAAAAUGUCGCUAUCGCUGACGCACAAACCUACAAAUGUCUAGUGGCUAAAGCUAAGACUGCAAUUACUGUAGAAGUGACUGAACCGAAAAUUGAUUUUACGAAGGUAUUCGUAACGGCAGAUAUGGAUGAUGUAUCAAUUUCCUGUACAGUUGAUAUAGCCCACAAGGCUAAAUUCAAAACAGCGUGGAAGGGUCCGAAUGAUAAUAAUUGGGUCGAAGAUAGUACCCAGACAAUUACAUCAACAGACAAAGGAGAGUAUACUUGCACAGUUUUCGAGAUAAAUGGUAACAGGAUGGAUAGUCAUAGUGUGACCCUGACGGCAAUGGCGUACCAGUUUUCUGUUGCGACACCUCAAAGCAAAUAUUGGUACCUCGGGUCUGAGGAUGAAAUUACCCUGAAAUCUGGAGGGUACGUGUUUGAUCCAGUACCUUCAACUACGGAUGGUCUCGUUAUGACUUACAAAUUCAGGGCCUCGGGUGACGGCACGAUUCUUAACCUACAGACACAAGGCGAGGACAAGUAUGUGUUGUUGAACGCUGGCCUGGCUGACAGGGUCGUGGAAUGUGCGAUCGGUGUCAGCGGAGAUGGGGUCUCCUCAGCUAUGAUGGGGCCAAUCAGCACUAUUACUGUCAAGCAAAGAGAAAUAUACGUAACGCAGCCUGGCACAGUGGCCGUGUAUAAAGAUUCCCUUGCUAAUGCUAAGCUAACAUGCCAUCUUACUGCUGAUUCCAAUGAUGGAGACAAAGGCUUCACACCUCAGUGGUACAAAGAUAACAAUUUGUUGACCGGUGGGUUCACCAAUUUUGAGGAUAAACUUAACGGAAUCUAUGAGAGUGUCCUUACAAUCACUGGAGGGAUAGACGCUAGCACUGCUGGGAGUUACAAGUGCAAGAUGGAUAACUUAGACUCAGCUAAAAUAACUGAAGUAGAAGUCAAAAAGGUUUUGAGUCCUGAAAUUCAGCCGAUAUUUUGGAUGGAUUCUGAGGAUGUAACGAUUGUGGUUGAGGUUGAAAAAGUUGGAAGCUUAACUUAUCGAGUGAAUAUCGGGGAUGCAGAAACCAGAGAUAUUAUGUUGAACGCAGCGGAUAUGACGUGCGGUUCAUUGACAUGUAAAUAUGAAUACACAACCACUCGCCCUAAUGGUCCUGCUGGAGAUAACAACAUCGCUCUCUUUGUCAAAAUCGAUGUUGAUCGAUCAAGCUCUUUAGCUGGACAAGGUCUUUUGGGAGACAUCUUAUUCAUUCCUGAAGUCAAGGUCCCUGUUAUGGACAGAAUUAUGAUCUUAAACAGUUUUGUGAUGUUUGUAAAAGGUGAAGACGCACGGAUCAAUUGUAUGGUUGUUGGCGAGUCGGAUGUUGACAUAAAGUGGUUUAGGGGUGACGAUGAGGUUACAGAUAGUGACGAUGGGAUUACAUCUAUAUCGCAGUAUGGCUACAGCACUAUUGAUUUUUCAAGAACCAGUUCUCUCAUCGUAACUGCAGAAAGUGACGCGCAAAUGCAAAGUUACAAAUGUUUCACGCGUGCCAACAGCGGUAACGUUGUCGUGGAACUCCAAAUGGCGAAUGAUUACAUAGUUAUAGAUAAGCCUGCCAUUGAGGCAACCGGAGGUACAAUGGACGGCAUCGAUCUUGAUAUUGACGAAGGUGAAGAGCUUUCUUUCACAUGCAGCGUCAUUAUGCGUGACGGACUCACAAAAAAAACAGUUUUAUGGAGAGACCCGAAUGAGCUUGGCGAGAUGGUCAGAGCAGAUGACACACACUUUAUCGACAGUAUCGGGGCAGUUGGGUUGAGCGACGAUGGACAUUACUUUUGUGUUGUGAUGUAUACAUAUAAGGGAGCGAAUUUACAAUUGAUCACGUCUAAAAUCAAUGUUGCUGUUAAAGGAUUUACGGCGUCAGUAGACUAUGUGUCUAGUAGAGAGGGAAUCGCAAUGACUGUGAAGUUCUCCGGUGAUUUGAAAUCCAAAUCGUCUGUAUGGCUUGACGAGCAGACAGACACAGCGUACGAAGUAGCUGAUGAUCAGAAACGGGCAGCUGGCGAUUAUACCGUUACUCAGAACGGCGAAUCUACCAUCCUCAGCAUUGCUCCAGGUGUUAUGGUGCAAGGUACUAGUUUCAAGGUUACAGCUAUGUUAGAUGAUGAUGAUACAGUUGUUAAUCACCGCCAAUACGUCCAAGUCUUUCAAAAAUUGGAUGUGGAAAGAUUUUUCGCUGACGACCGGACCGAGGCACUCGACGUACAUGUCAACAUACCUAUCAGCAAUUAUGAAGGAACACCCACAGUGACAACGGUUCCUGAAUCUGACAAAUCCACCUCGUCACACACGGCCUCAAACCUUGAAGUAGUGAUAACAGUGGACCCUGCGGUCGUUAAAGCUAACGAGAUGGAAAUGGUCGCUACAGUAACUCUUAACGACGAUUCUGUUACUGAAGUAACGAUCAAAUUUAUCCUCGCAGGUAAACCGACAGUAAAGUUAGUGACCGCUGCAACAGUCGAGGAGAUGGCCACUAUUGAGGUGGAAUGUCUUAUAGAUCAAAUUCUCAAGGCUAAUCCAGACCUUAAAACUUGGAAAGCAACCCUACUCAUAAACGGGGAAGAUUCGGGUAUUGCUGUAGACAGCGGGAAUCCGGACGGAUCUUCUUUCAAAAUAGCAGCAUAUUAUCCUAAACACAAUGGAAAAUAUUCCUGUUCUGUUGACUACGAUAUUGAGGAUGUGGGACAUGUGGUGAUGACCUCAGAUAGCGCAGACAUUCACGUCAUAGAAUUUGACCACACCACCGACUAUGUUGAAUACAACGAUGGAAUUAAACUGAAGGUGUAUUUCAGUAAAAAAGUUGUUAAUCUUGGCUGCUCAUGGUUUGACGAAUCAACUGGAAAAACGUACAAGAGACAAACUAAUCCGGGAUAUUAUGGGAGGAAAAAGAGAUCAAACUCAGAAAAAUAUGUAGUUGCAGAGAACGAAGCCACCUACUGUACUAUUACCCUCCCAGCUAACACCGUUAAGUCCUCCACAAGCUUCGUAGUGAAGGGAGUCGUAUCUGGAGGCGCUGAAUACGCACGGAAAUACCUCCAAGUAUACCAGGAGGAUCCUGUAAAUACUCUGGAGAUAUACGAUGGAGCCUUGAUAGAAGCAGGGAAUGUUAUGGGAGAAUCAGUGUAUGAAAUUACUGGUUAUAAUGGAGCACCAAGUGUAACAUUCAAUGUAGCAGUCGCAAAAUACAACUUCAAAAUUGAAGAGAGUAAGGUGACUCUGCAAGUGUGGCCCAUUGUAAGUGAAACUUACAAGUUUGAAGUUGACGCCACUGUGAAACUGAAUGAUGCCAGUACUGGUUACUCCAAACUCAGAUUCUAUCAGAUCGAUAUAAAUUCGGUCCCCUCUGUUGAUUGGAAGAACCACCCUGGGCUCCAAGUGGUGUAUUACGAACGGAUGGAUGAGAAGGAGAGGGAAGAGGAUGCUUUUGUUUGCACAUUUAUUGAUAACCCAGGAGAAGGCAAACUAGAAGAGAGUGAUAUAACACAUUUGGUAUCUGGAAAGAUAUUGGAGGAAUUGGUUUAUCCAGAUGCGAAUACGGCAGCAGUUAAAUUUAAUGAACUGGAGUUGUUGAAGAAGAAGGAGGAUCAAAAGGAACCAAUUUUGGAUGAGAAAUAUGGGUGUGCUUUCCGGUUUUCGUAUGAUGGACAAGAGGCCGAGUUUAGUCGAGAAUUUACUGUUACAUUCGACCCCAAGGAAAAAACGAACUGGGGUGGAAUAAUCGUAGCCAUCUGUAUUGCUGUAGGGCUCCUCUUCAUCAUUUUCGCGUUCAUCUGCUGCCGAACAUGUUGCGCAAAACGCAAAAAGACAAAGGAGAAGCCGAUACCUCUGGAACCAACGGUCAUCAGAAAUCCGGUUCAGGAAACUAACCUGUCCCCGCCCGAGUCUCAUCCUAAAUUCCAUGAUGCUGUUAAUUUCCUGGACAGAGUACAGGACCGUUUCGAGAAAGCACCGGAUAUUUAUCGAGCAUUUUUGAACACCCUCACAGAAUACAGAGCUAAGAACAUAAAUAGAUCGGACUUGGCGGGAAAGGUUGAGGUGCUGUUUCAAGGGCAUCCGGACCUGGUGGAUGCCUUCAAUGAGUUCUUGAAAUCGAAGGGGAAAAAUCAAACUACGGAAAAUGAAUACACAGUAGUCGAUGUACUUCAGGUUACGAAGAACCCGGCAGCAAUUGAUUCUGAUAAGGAAAUCAUCACGGAUCUGGCGGCAUCACCAGAGUCCCACCCUAAAUUCAAUGCGGCCACUGAGUUCGUGGAUCAAGUCCAGACCAGAUUUGCGGAUCAACCUGAAGUUUAUAAGACUUUUCUAAAAAUGCUAAAUGACUUUAAACCUAAGAAACUUAGUAAAUCAGAUCUCAGAGCAGAGGUUAAGAUUCUUUUCGAUGGUCACCCGGAUCUUAUAGAGGGGUUUAAUGAUUUCAUAAGCUCAAAGAAAAAGAAAUCCGAGCCCGAAAUUGAAGUUAUUGUGGUAGAUAUGCAGGGUGGUAAAAGGAACGCAAAGAACGGAGAAGUUCACGUCAACGUGGCUACCAAAGGAGAAGUUGACAUUGAACUUUGAGUAUGAAUGUGUGAAUGUAGUGGCAGACAAAUUAAAUAUGUUGAUUUCAGUCGCUGUGAAGUCGUAAUCAACAAUAUCAUGUCAAACGUUGAAGUAUUUGUGGUUACUACAAAUUGACUAUUUAUUUAGUUAACGCCUAACGGUUAAUUGAGGCAAAUUAAAUUUUGUUAACAACAAUUCUUGUUGUGCUAACUAAUUAUUGACUUUGAUCGGACUAGUAUAGCGAGAAUCUUCAUCCUUGAACUCUUAGUUUAAAUUAUAUUAUGAGAUUAAGAAUGAAAUUUUGUGAUAUAAACUUAAAUGUAUAUUUAGAUUCAUAACUUUUACUUGAUUUCUAAUUUCAAUAUUUUUAACCAAAUUCGAGUGGAAGGGGUCUGCACUAGAA